CAUAUGGUUGUUGAAGACGGCUACGAGUUUUUCAACGAACGGACCCUGGUUACUGUAUUUUCGGCACCAAACUAUUGUGGAGAAUUCGACAACUUCGGUGCAAUCAUGAGUGUUAGUGAGGAGCUGUUGUGUAGCUUUGAGCUGUUGACACCUGCAGAUCAUCCAUUGGCAAAGGAAAGACAAGGUCGCGGAAAGAGGCGAACUAGUCCACCGCUUCAAGAUGUCCGUCAAAGCGUUUAAUUAAAGCCAAGCAAGCUCCACUUAUUAUCACAAUGUUCAGUCCAGCCAACAAAACCGCAACAAACUCCACAAGGGUUGUGUUUUCUGUAAUGUAUAAAGUUCUCUACUCCCCCCUCUCAAUCAACCAAAUCAAAAAGUCAUGGAAGCUCCAAUUUCGCCUUGCUCUCAAGUCGAUGCUUAAAUCCCACCCAUUCCCCCCCAUAUACUUUCUUCUUUUUUCCUCUUAUUAUAUUCUUCUGCUUCUUCCACCUUUGACAUGUUUGUUUCUUGUUACAUUCUGCUCGAUAUUGGAGCCUCUCGUGUUGUAUGUAAUGGAUUACCAUCGAAGCGACUAGGUAGACUAGUUCAUUAUUUUCCUUUUCUCUUUUUUAUUCCACAUCUGCCCCUCCUCCUACACUAGGCGCUUCACCUUCUUUUUUGCUUUAGCACUGUGAUUCAACGGAUAACUUUGUAGAGUUUUUAUAGCAUUCAACGUCUUUGAUUUUACAUACUUGAUAUUCUAUGCUAUUUGCCUCUCUUUCUUUCUUCUCUCUUCAAACUUUCUUCUCCCUUUAUUACUACUUUUGACUUUUUUUUAUAUAUCUCAAAUACAUGUUUUCCGCAUGAACCAACCAAAUACAUUGUUCCGAUGAAGGGGUGCAAAGUUUAGCACGUGUGGAUAUGCUAAUACCCAAACUCAAGCUGAACGC